AUGUCGGAACUCGGCAGCCAAAUAAUCCGCCGUUGCUGGGACACGGCCUUCUCGCAUCAGAAAAUCAUCGCCAAUGGCGGCCACGGGAACUGCAAUCCGACACGGCCAAGGCAUUUCUUUGUCCCUCACCACCCGCGCGCUGAAGAAGGUAUAACAGCACCUCGACGGCCACCACCCGCCUCCUUUCGACUAUUUCUUUAUCGCAGCGUGCUAAACACAGCGCAAUUGUGUGUUCGGCGCCUGAUAGAAUCAUCCCGAAGCAGCUCCCGUCAGACCUUUCAGCCGAGGCAGCGCCCUUCCCGUACCAACGACACAAUGGCGCCCCUUAUCCUCCACAAUGUCCCCGACGAGGAACUCUACGUCGGAGAUGACGGCAUUAAACGUCCCUACGCCAUGGUUUUCCCACAGCAAGAAGGUCUCCCCGGCGCUAGGAACCGCCGCGGCGUCGCAGAAACAGGCUCCUUUGGCAAGUCGACGCGCCGCUCCCGCUCACGAACCGGAACCCCUGCGGGUCGCCGCGAAAACCCAACGGUCGCGGCCGCCGAUAAGAUCUUCGGCGACUGGCUCUCAACACAGGCCGUCACCAACAACAACGUUGCUGCUUCGAUGACCACAACAACAACCACAACAGGAGGCGCAGGUGUUAACGCCUCCGGGGCCGCCGUCGUUCCGCAGCGCAAGACGUCUGGCCUCUCCCAGGCGCCUCUCCUGGCCUCCGCGGCCGACGACACGCCCGCCGCUGCCGAGCCUCGCGUCACCCGCCACGUGCCGACCGAAAUCAUCCUCCGCGGCUACCGCUCGCCCUCGCAACAGUACGCCGCCAUCUCCCACUACGAGCAGCUUGCCGGCCUCAUCUGCGAGGACUACCCGCGCGAGCCACCUCUCGAGCAGCGCCGCUACAAGUCGGAGCUCCGCGACCCGGCCUUCACCCGCCGUCGGGGACUCACGGCCGAGGAGCGCGCCAAGGUCAAUCACGCCGAUGGUGGCGAGCACUGGGUCAAGGUGACGUUCGAGUCAGCCGACGCCGCGGACGCCGCCGUCUAUGCCAGCCCCCAGCGCGUGCUGGGCUACCUCGUCCACGCCGAGCCGUACCACGGGCUGCCCCCCGCGCGCGACGAGCCCGUCCCGGAUGUCGACUCCCUCGUCGCCGCCCACGAGGAGCACAGCCGCUCGCGGUCGGUCCCGGCGGGCAGCUUCGGAACCCACCGGACGCCGCGCGGCCAACACCGUUCCGCUAGCAAGAAUGGCGGCGGCAACCCCUUCUCCAUUCCCAACACCCGAUCCACGAGCGACCUCUCGCCGCCCACGUCGCUGACCUCAUCCAAUACGAUCGAGACGGCCACCAUCUCCAACACGACCAACUCCUCGGCGACCUUGACGGAGUUGCAGCAGCAGCAGCAGCAGCAGCAGCCCCUGAUGCAGGCCGAGGACAGCAUGUUCUGCCGGCGCAUCCCAACGGCGCGGAAGGCUAGGCUCCUCCCGGCCGAGCAGGCGCUGCUGCCGCAGCAGAGCUACACGCAGCGGGUCGUCAAUAUGGUCCCCUUCCUUAAGUGGUUCAGCGGCUCCAUGAUCGGCAACGAGGUGCCGCGCACCGACAAUGGCGACUUUGACUGGAACCGCGCCAGCCUGUACUGGAAGAUCAUCUGGUGGCUGGACGCGACCUUUGGGCUGUUCGGAGGCGAGAUCCUGAGCGCCGACAAGGACGAUUGAGUUGAGAAAGGGGAGAGGCGGUAGGGAUGGCAUUUGCAUGCUUUGUGAGAGUGUCAUCAGGCAUUUGUUUUUCGUCCAGGUGGUUGGGUUUUCCCGGGGAGAAUCGGAAUGGCGUUU